AUGUCUAGCCUGAAGUUGAUGAUCAGUUCAGAAAUGGUUGACCCCAAGGGCCGACCUUUGGGAGGCACUGAGCAUAGCUGGUGCCGAGCCGUGCCUGGUGGCACCGGCAUAGCCGUCUUGGCCUUCCUCACCUCCAAGUUUCCUGAAACCUCAAUUCUAGAGAAUUGUCUCCACAAACUCCAAAAUUCUCAUCCAAUCCUUAGGUCAAGGCUCCAUUCUGCCAUCAACACAAACACAUUGUCCUUCAUUACAUCUCCAACUCCUUGCAUUAAACUGAAAGCAUUCGACCUGUCGUCCACUUUCAAAAUCCUCGAAAACACAUGGAACCCAAAAAACCGAUCCAUCUCACCUCUCCAACUAAUCCUUGAACAUGAACUUAACCAAAACUCAUGGUCUAACCAUAACAGGGCACCAUCUUCCUUUAAUGACACUCAAGAUGUGUUUUUUGCUACCAGCUAUGCCCUCCCUAAUGCAAAGUGGGUACUGGUUCUUAGGCUUCACGCCUCUGCGUGUGACCGAACCACCGCUGUGUCCUUGCUACAGGAAUUGGUGGUGCUGGUGAGUGAAGAGGUGAGAGGUGUACGUGUUGUGCAGAAGGAAAUAGCAAACAAAGAGGAGCUUAGUUUAGGCAUUGAGGAUCUUAUUCCUCGUAAGAAGGCUAAGAAGGGCUUGUGGGAACGUGGGUUUGACGUCCUUACUUACUCGGUGAAUUCACUUAGUCUAACAAAUCUGAAAUUCAAGGAUUCAAGGUCACCAAGAUCUUCUCAGGUGGUAAGGAUGCAGAUGAGCCAGAAUGACACUGAGAAAAUCAUUGCUGGUUGCAAAUCAAGAGGAAUUAAGCUAUGCGGGGCAUUGGCAAGUGCUGGAUUAAUAGCUGCACACCACUCUAGAAGUCGUGUGGAUAAACAAAGAAAGUAUGCAGUUUUGACCUUGACCGAUUGCAGAUCAAUCCUUAAGCCACCUCUUUCUAAUCACCAUUUUGGAUUUUAUCACUCUUGUAUUUUGAACACACAUGUAAUGAAAGGAGGAGAGAAACUGUGGGAGCUGGCCAAAAACACGUACACAGCAUUUGCUUACUACAAGAACUGCAACAGGCACUUUUCAGACAUGGCUGAUCUCAACUUCCUUAUGUGUAAGGCUAUUGAUAAUCCUAGCUUGACACCAUCAUCUUCUCUAAGAACAGCUUUAUUAUCAGUGUUUGAAGAGUCAGUAAUAGAUGAUUAUGCUGGCUUGCAAAAAGAAGUAGGUGUAGAGGAUUACAUGGGGUGUGCCUCUGCUCAUGGCAUAGGACCUUCAAUUGCAAUUUUUGACACGAUCAGAGAUGGACGGUUGGAUUGUGUCUUCGUGUAUCCAUCACCGCUGCAUUCAAGGGAGCAGAUGCAAGAGUUCGUUGACAACAUGAAGAAUGUUCUUGUGGAGGGUUGCACCUACGCUUAG